CGCAGGCAUAGUGCAACUCUCUCCGCGAAAGAAACAACUUUCUUCCGAGUGAACUACGCUGCUAUUUAAUGCUCUCGUUUACGUGAGGUGGUCUUGGGAGAAUGUGAACCGCUGGGGAAGACUGUGAGUUGCGGUAUGAUUUAACUCCUUCAGGGUGGGAUUCCUGUUUAAAGACUAUUUUUUUGAAACCGUGGAGCUGCAAGAAUACAUCCAUGGUAGAGACAGACCGCGGGAAAAUGUCGUUACUUCCUGUGCAAUAAAGUCUUGGCGCGACAUUACGGUUGUAAACAAGAGGACACAUAACAGUACACACGAACAAGUUCUCCUCUAAAAACUGAGCCAAAGAGAUAUUUGGAACAAUGGAGAACAUUGACACCAAUGAUACUUCUGGUCUCAUGGUACCUGAUGACAAUGAAGAUUCUGUGGAUAUCUACGAUGGCCUGGAUAUUGGUUUUAGCAAUAAUGCAGAGACGUCACCUACAAAUGCUUCCAGACUGAAAGAGUCAAUGGAUUUAUAUGAAGAAAUUGUCACGGAAGAACAGCGGAGCAGAGAGACAUCGUACACUGAGUUGAAGUGCAGAUUCCAAGCAGCUCAAAACCAAAUUAAAGAGUUGCACAGGAGGUUGGAGCAGAUGGAAAUUCAGAACACAGGGUUAAACACUGAGAACUGCCGUCUCAAAAGGAACAUCUCUGCCCUAUUACGAACAGCUAGACAGGAAGUGACACGAAAAGAUGCUGAGAUUCAGAGGUUGAAUCAAUGGUCAGAGAAAAAUCGUCAUCAUCAUCAGUCUCACAUUAAUAAUCUGUGGGACCAAAAUUCCUCCAACUGGACCUCCACAGGCAGCUCCAGCAGUAGGCCACCUCUUGCACCACCCCCUGUUCCUCCACCUUGUCCUCCUCCAUCCAGUCCUCUUCCAUGUCUACCGACUUCACCUCCGGGGGAGAAACAGCCUCCAACGGAUCCUCCUCAGUCUUCAAAGACAGAAAGUAAUAGUUCAACCAAUCAGCCCAUUGGCUCCUGUAUUGAGAUAAGACCUUCUAAAGCAUUUUCUCAUAGUCAUUCAAAAAGUUCUUCAAGAGGAGAUUGUGAAAUACCUGACAAACAGACUGAGCAUUCUGUCAGCAAAUUCAGCAGCAGUUCAUCAACCCAGCAUAGUGGUUCAGACAAACAUAAGUCUAAGCGCAGAGAGGAAAAGUAUCAAAGUCAUAAACUAUCUGAAUCAACAGAUAGGCAACCUAGACCUGGUUCAUAUCCCAACAAGGACUGUCAUGCCCCUGAGAAAAACAGGUCUCACAAACCAGACAAAGACAUUGGACGAAAGUAUGAUUCCAGGUCAAGUAAAAGCAGGGCCUACCUAAAUGUUGAGGGGCACCACCGAUCAGACAGGACUAAAAGCCCUCCACCAGAGAUUUUACACAGCGCAGCUUGCUCUGGUGACACGAAAGGGAGAAGUCGAGAAAGGAAACAAGAUAAAGCUAAACUGGCCACAUCAGACUCUGAAAAAAAUUCAGCUUGCAGUUCUAAAGACAUCUACAGCAAAGAUCAUAGAAGAAUCAAGACUAGUGACAGACAUUGCAGAAGUUCGGACUCAAAGGACCGGAAAAAGUACUCUUCAAAUCAACAUGCUGAACGCUACACUGAUUCCUCCAAAGAGAGGGAAGGAGAGCGACUUUCAAAUGAUCAUCAAAGGAAAGAAGAGAGACGACGUGAAAAUGAAAUCAGCAGAAAGCAUAAAAGGAGCACUCUGUCAGAGAUGAGCAGAGAACGUGAGAAACAGAGAUCAAAAGAAUUGGACCCAGGUAAAGUAGAUGUCCGCAGUAAGAAAAGACAGGAAAAGACAAAUGAGGCCUUAAAAAGAUCAUCUAAAGAACGACAUAUCACUGAGAAAAGCUCUGUGAAGGAAAAUAGUCCAAACAGGAAACUCUGUUUCAUGGAAACAUUGAAUCUAACCCUUUCACCACUUAAGAAGCCAGUGUUGGCCAUCGAUGCCAGCCAGGAUGACCUCACUCUAGUGGACAAGGUAGUUGAAAAUGGGCCAGAUGAUGAGAAUUUGCCGUCUCAUUUUGAAGACAUGUGUGUCAUUGAAGAAGUACACAGCAGUGAAUUAGAAGCUGGUUUUGAACAUGUUGCAGAGCAAUUUUCAGAUAUCCCCAAAAAUUCAAGCUCUGAAAGGACACACGAGAGGUGUGAUGAUGCAAAAGAUGUCCAGGAAAAGGACAAGAGCCUUGGUGAAACUGCAGCUGGCAAACUGCUUGAAGAAAGUUCUAUCCAAACUACAUCAGCACAUCAGGACAAACUAUCCUCAGCACAUAGCCAACCCCUUGAUACUGCACAGAAUCAGAUGAAUGUGCAUCUCACAGCAAAAUCACAAGAGAGUAGUUCUCUAAAAGCAGCAGAAGGGGACAUUUUAAACAAUCUGACCUCAGACAGCCAGGUAGAUAGAUCUGAAAGACUAGGAGAGAGAGACAGUGUCAAUGACGCAUCUGGAAGCAUUUCCAAGCAACACACAGGCAAUUCUUUACAAAAGGUAAACCCAGGAAAUAAUAUUGAGCAAACUGCUGCUAUUUCAGACCCUGUUGGGCUCAACUCAAGGAUAGAACCUCCUAAAACUGCAUUAAAGCAAAGCUUCCUUGUGGGUUCAUUUGAAGAGGGUGCAACUGUUUCACCCUCUAGAGACAAUCCUGUAGCUGAAGAUGGUCCUGGCAAUCCCAAAAGUCAACAUAUUUCCUCCACUAUUUUACCACAGGACUGUCAGCAAGGACUGCUUCCUCCUGCUUCAUUCCCUUCCAUUCACAAGAGAGAUGCUUUUCAUGUGCAAGAUGGUCCCAAAGAUACAGAUACUGUAUCCAGUACAAUAAGCCUCGAAUCACUUCCACAAGAAGGGCUGAGUUUACCUGAAGCUAUUUAUGUUUUAACACAGACAAAUGACGAGGCCAACGACAGCAGUAGCAUCACAACUGAGCCUAGUUCUUCCACUGGCUGUAUUGGAGUGUCCAAAGUCAGUAGUACCACAGAAGAGACAGUACUGCCGGAAGCGUACAGUGAACUCACUUUCACAACGGAAAAGACCUUCAGUCCUGGAAAAAGUCUUGAGAAUAAUAAUGUUGAACCUUCCAGUUCAGUGCCAUUACUUCAUGAUGAGGACUCCAUGAUGUGCACACUCAGUAAUCUGAAGAGAAUCCCUGAUGCCAUAAGCCCUCUCAGGAGCCCAAUACGGGUAACCAAGAGAAGUCAUCUCUAUGUUCAUGGCAAGCCUGGUCAUGUCAAGAGCCUUCAAAAAGAUUUCUCCAGCACAGCUGUUGAUGUCAACUCAAAGAAGUUGGAUGUAAAUAAAGAGAACAAAUAUCCAGGUUCUCCUGCAAAACAUGACAUACAAAAUAUGGUGGACAAGGUAUCUGAUUUCCAUUCAAGUCUUUCUGACACUGAACUGGAGGAAGGGGAAAUUUUAAGUGAAAGUGAUGAGGUGGCUGCAGGUUCCCCUGUUAAUGCAAACAAAAGGUCGAAGUUAGCACGACCAGUCAGAAAUAAACCAAGUCCUAAGUCUGUGCUAAAGAGGAAAUCUGAAGAAAGGUGUGUUGCCUCAAAAGAAACUAGUGAAACACCAGGUGCAUCAACAAGAAGUCCCAAGAGUCGUUUUAAAACAGUUUGCCCUGCAGCAACCAAAGUUUCUUUUUCCAACAUUGAGGAAAUAAUGGAGACAUUCAAGUUGGUUCGCACUGAGAUCCGAAAAAAGUACAUGAAGCUUCAUAAAACCUUUCCCAAGAAGAGCUUCUAUGGUAUGAUGGACAAUUUCCAGGAAUCUUUUUUAGAGUUUGUGGAUGGUGCCCAUUUUGGUCAAAUAUGCAGUCAGGCAGGGGAGCUGAAAUCCAAGCUGAAGAAGCUGAUUGUAUCUGUGUUUAGUAAAGUAUCAAAUAAUGGUAUUGUGAAACGCAUCUUUGAACAGCAAGCAGUUGACCUGAAGCAAAAGUUGUGGGAUUUUGUAGAUGUCCAAGUUGACUACUUGUUCAAGGACAUUCACAUGACACUGAAGAGCCUUUGCAAACCAGCAAAAUCUCAGACCGAGGAUACGAGGCCCAUUGGAAACGAGAAAGUAUCCAGACAGCCUUCUUUAAAGAAGCCACAGUUUCAACAGAAGGAAGCACCGUCUUCUCCAACCAGUCUGAGUCGAAUCAAGCCUUGUGCUGUGGCACCUUACAAAACAGGGCUUGGAAGCAGAGGCAAAGAUAUCAGAAUAACACAUGUGGAAAAAGGCAGGAAUAUUGACCUACAUCCAACAGAUUGCCUAAAUACACAAACUGUAAUUGACUACAUUCCGCCUAAAAAUAUUUCUUCAACUCCAGAGAAAAAUAACAUGGCUUCUUUUGUUGUCUCUCAAACUGGCUCUUUGCUCGACAAAACUGACUUUGAGCUUCUCACUGAACAACAAGCAUCAAGUUUAACAUUCAACCUGGUCAGAGACUCUCAAAUGGGGGAAAUCUUCAAAUGUCUCCUACAAGGAUCCGACUUAUUAGAAACCAGUAGCAUCACAGGAGACAGCACAGCCUGGUCCCUCAGUACUCCAAGGAAGGAUGGAGAGAGACUCAUCAGUAUCACCAGUCCACCUAAAUUUGACUCUCCGUCUAAACUGCUUUCUCCGACCAAAUUUAAUACACCAUCAAAACUUAUCAGUACGUGGUCUAGCAUUUCACCUCGCAAGAUGUCAUCUCCACGAUCAAAAGAUCAGAUCCCGCUGAAUCCAGCUUUAUUUGAUGAAAGCUGCUUGUUAGAAGUGCCAUCAGAGAAUAGAGUGAUGCUGCAGUCCAGCUUGGCUUCACAAAGAUCUUAUUCCAUUCUAACUGAAGAUCUGGCAGUCUCCCUCACCAUUCCAUCACCCCUGAAGUCCGACAGCCAUCUCAGCUUCCUACAGCCAUCAAGCCUGCACAUUAUGUCCACUCCAGACAGUGUCAUCAGUGCUCACAUAAGUGAGGAUGCUCUGCUGGACGGAGAGGAUGCUACAGAGCAGGACAUUCACCUCGCCCUUGACACUGACAACUCUAGCUGUGGCUCCAGUAGCAGUGUGGCUUCUGUGGCACUUGCCACAUCUUUCUUGUUCAAGCCUGACAUGCCCAUGCAAGCCCUAGUGAUGGAAAAAUCCAACGAUCAUUUCAUCGUGAAGAUUCGCCAGACAGCUACGUGUGCAAAUAUCACAUUCACUGCUGACGAGAGCUUAAGUCAAACGCUAACAGCAGAAGAUCAGCAACAUAGACAAGAAGACAUAGCAACUCAAGAAAGUCAAGCAAAAGCUGUUCUGACGGACAAGUUGCAGAAUGGAAGCACUCCAUAUGCUGUACCAUUAGAGAACAGACUGUAUAACUUUGCUGAAAGCUCUGAGAUCUGUCAGGCCACCACAGGUUCAGAGAUCUCUCUCACUCGAGAUGGGAGCUUAAAACUAACCAAAGAUCCAUCCCAGAGAAAAGAAGAUACAGCAACUCAACAGAGUACCUCAAAAUGUUGUUUUACUGAGGGGUCACAGAAACUGUCAGUGACUCUGAAAAAUCUGCCUCUAACUACUCUUUCAGAGAACAGUUUGUACAAUGGUGCUCAAAGCUCUGAUCAUUUCUUUGUGCAGAUCAGCCAGGCAGCCACGGGAGAGGUUGUCACUGCUGAUGAGAGCACAAGUCAAACACGCCAUGGAGAAAAAGACAGGCGAACUCAAAAAAGUCCCUUGAAAGCUCUUUUGUCUGAGUCACAGAAAAUGAUCAGUCCCUCUAAAACUGCAGUGUCACGACACACUUCUGAAAGCUCUGAAACAGAUCAAAGGAGCCAAGCUUCACUGACUCAUGUUUCAGACUCAGAUAGAGAUGGAAUGGAGGUAUCAGAGUCAGAGAGAAGUCUCACCAUUGCAGAGGACAUAAGCAGUACACCAGGGAAAGACCGGAGGGAUUGUGACAAAGGUAGAAAACGGAAGAAGCACCAAAAUAAAUUAAAAGCAAAGCGGUCCAGAAAGGAGGCGGUGGAGAGUACAGAAGAGAUGGCGUCUAACUCUAAGAAGGAUGAUAAUGAGUCCAAAUCCUCUCCAGUGUGUCUGUCCCCCAACAGUCUCUCAGCCAAGAAUGUUGUCAGGAAGAAAGGCGAGGUGGUGAUGGCAUGGACAAGAGAUGAAGAUCGAGCUAUUCUGAUUGACCUGAAAACAAAAGGUGCUUCACGUGAAACUUUCUCUGCCUUGUCAGAAAAACUCAAUAAGCCAUCAGGGCAGAUUGCACACAGAUUUUACCAGCUCAUGAAGCUUUUUAAGAAGCAGGAGAAGUUGGACACCUGAUACCUCAGUCUGUUGGGCUUGGAUUUAUGCAAAUAGUUCCUGUAUUACAGCAUUUCCAUAUACAUUCUGUAGCACCAACACAGGUAUGUAGGCUGCUGUUCAUCUGACAUAGUGCAGGAAGAUGUGAACGCAGGGUGGCUGAGUCAUUACAUGUUCUGGUUGGAUCACAUCAGUUCCCACAUAGGCUACUAUGUCCACCAAGAUCCAACGGUCUUCAUACUGACCAUCAGCUAAACAGUAUUAGCCAAGCUUUUUUUUUUUUUUUCAAAGGAAGGUUGGGAAUCCAGUCACAGUUUCUGGUGACAUUUUUUUCUGGAUAUUGAACUGUACCUGUUCAUUAUGUUUGAAAAGAAUUCAGAGUUUAAAAAAUAAGAAUCAACGAUAAUGACUGUUCCUCAGCACAACUGACAAGAUAGAUUGAUAUGAAGGAUGAAACAUCCACUUACUAUAUCAAAAUCAGUGUUAUUGUUUUUGAUGCACUUUUGGUUUUUAGUAAUCCAAACUGUAAUCACUACUUUCGUAUGGGUUGUGGAUAUUUGCUGAUGUCUGGUCCUCACAGAAGAAUAUGACUUCGUCCUCAGCACAGCAUCUGUACAUGCUUUCCUAUCUCUGAAUUUGCAGAUAUGAUAUAUUGCAAAAAUGACGGUCUCAACAAGUCCUCAAGUUAAUUGUACGUCUAGUCCUGAACUUAAGUUAAAUCAAGUGAAAUUUUUAUUCCCUAAAAUUGGAUGCUCAAUGGAGACAACUUGAAGUCUCUCCUAGCUAUAGAACUUGACCUAUGGGACUGAGAGUUUGGGCCAUUUAUUAUAGUUCUGUAUUGAUACUUUGAAUGCUAUUUCAAUGGAAGUUUUGAGGGGAGGGGGUGGAGUGUGUGGUGAUGCUGCUUAAUAUGUUUAAAGGUUGUUAAAAUGAUUACAUGUCCAAUUCAUGUAGAGGACAGUACAUGUAUCUGUUAAUAUGAAUUAAAACUUUUAUCUGUGGGCCUAAAUGGCAUUUUGUUUGAUUCAUCCUAUUGCUUAUAAACAGCAUGGAAUGUAAUAAUGUGAAUAUUGUACAUAAUUCUUUACUGAAAAU